AUGGGAGAAUUCCUUUUGGAGAUAAUUCAUUUAACUGAAGAUGCAUUGACCGAGUUAGCUUCCCAUGAAAUAUUCACAGUGUUGAAUAAUGACAUUACUACUAAUGGUGACAGCGUUACUAAGCAUUGCGAAGACUUAAAAACUACAAAUGAUGAUAUGAAAAAGCUAUGUAAAAAAAUUGAGAGAAAUUUGAAAACAUUGAACGAAACGGAUAAAAUAAAACAGGAAAGGUACAGGGAUCGUCGUUUAUAUUUUAGUUUGUGGGUAUUUGACGAAAUAUAUAAAGCCUACAAAGGAAAACUAAUUAACAAAGCUGACAUUGAUGAACUGUUACUGGAAUGGAAUAAAAUUAAUUACCAUUUAAUGUAUCAAGAUUUUAAUAAAAACUAUAAGUCCAUAUUUCCGGUAAGACCUAAUACUGCAGGGGGUGACAAUAAUGGCAUAACUUCUGGCUCUUGGAAUCGGAAAUCUAAACCACCUACGAGACUUUUCAGUAAUGGUGAAUUUAGCAAAUACAAGCCCUGUUUUUACAAUCCUGUAUGCACAUUAGAUAGGUGUAAUGACAUAAAAGACUUAUACGAAAAAUUUGAAAACAUCAAGGAAAUUUUUUCUACCAAAAAUGAAAAGUGUGAGAAAUAUUAUAAAUAUCUGGCAUACAUUCAAGGGUUGUAUGAGAAACGAAAAAAGGAGUACAACUGUUGUGAUAUAUUUUUUGGAAAUCUCUGUGAAGGUUAUUUUAAAUGCGAAAAAAAAUAUGAUCCAAAUAAUAUAUUACGUAUUUUAAACUGUUAUAGUAAUGUAAGCUAUGUUCAGUAA